AUGGUUGAACUGAAAUUGGAGAUGGCCAAAGAUCUUCAGAUGAUAGAUAAAAAUUACUCUGCCUUAUAUGGGAAAGUUGAUGUUAUUACUGAUACUAUGGCAAAGUUGGUUGAAUACAAUAUUAGUUAUUCGACUCAACUUGAUGAGAAGUCAGGCAAGGAUUCCAAGGUAUUUACACAGUUGGAGGAAUUCUUCAUUGUUGAACUAGCUCCUAUCCUUGAGUUGGUUCCUCUCUUACUAACUAAUGCUCCACCUGCAAAGCAAGUGUCAAAAGGGGGAGAUAAAGGAUGUGGAUGCAUUGGGUAUUCAAAAGAUACAGAUAAAGGAGUAGUUUUUGGAAAGGUGAUGUCCACUCAGAUAGCCACUUCACUUCUAAUUUCAUUAACAACAACUUUGACAACCACCACAACAAGGCCAAGUGUGAAAGGGGUUAUCAUUAAUGAAAGUUCUAGAGGUUCUGGUUCGAGGUCUAUGCCACCAACUUCGAAAAACACUCAAGGUGAUAAAGGAAAAGGUAUUGAUAAGACUCCUUUAGAAAAACAGAAGAAAAAGCAACAGGCCUUGGAGAUCAAAAGGCCAAGGCAAAUCAAUAGUAUAUUAAGGCGAAGGCAGAAUGACCCACCAGGCUUGAAUAAGGGUGAUCCCAACAAGCAUUGGUGUUAUGAAACCAUUGAGGAAAUUGUUUUAGAUACGAAGUUUGAUUAUUUUUGCAAAGCACCAAAGAAGAGUUAUGAGAUUUAUAACUCCGAUAUUGUCUCUCAAUCACUGAUAUUGAGCUAUCAAUGGAAUUUAAAAAGACCUCUAAGGUUCUUUAGUCACUGUUGA